AUGGUCAUGAUAAUUCAGACCAAGGCUGCUAGGCUUGGUGCAGCUUUUGGAUCGAAAAGGCUAUGUCCACGACAUCUUUUACGAAUGUUACGACCGUCCUCAGUCCACUUCCUCCACAGAUCUUCUAUCCAUACGAAAAGGAAACUUCAUGGCGCCAUCACUCCCGAGAAGCUUGUGGUGCCUCAGACAUUCAUCCAUGACUAUUUCUCUGCAAACACUUCCAUUGAUCGGGGAUGGGUGAAGAAUGGGGUCAUGGCAGCAUUGAGCUCCAUUGCAGAACAGCCGUCAACCCGCAGCCAUUCCGUACAUAAGCCGAUACUUGUGGAAGAUAGAGUGACGGAGGGGAAUUCUAGCUUGUCGGAGCAACAAGCUGGUGCAGAAGUGCUCGAUAUACCGGCAACACUAUCAACCACAGAAGGUCUGCCUCACCAUCGAAGGAAGAGAUUAAAAGCCAUCUCCACUGGCUCUGAACAUGCCAUCCCACUAGACGCCUCUUCUCAAUUGGCGACCGCUGCCACGAAUCUACCGUCUUCUGCCUCGAUACGUCGCAUCGUCGCCACAUAUCUUUCCCUUUCGAAGCCUCGCCUCUCCUUCCUUAUCGUACUCACCAGUACAGCAGCAUAUUCACUGUAUCCCAUCCCUGACAUUCUUACCACCACCGCAAGCCUUGCCUCCGCUACAACCUUAUCAGCAUCUACUCUCACAUUAGCAUAUUUAACGACAGGCACCUUCCUCUCUUCCGCCUCUGCCAACACCCUAAACAUGCUCUUCGAACCAAAGUACGAUGCCCUUAUGACUCGAACCCGCAAUAGACCGCUGGUUCGUAAACUUGUCACUCCAACCGCCGCCUCCCUCUUUGCCUUCACCACUGGUACCGCCGGCCUUAGCCUCCUCUAUCUCGGCACGAACGCGACCGUGGCCGCCCUUUCCGCAUUUAAUAUCUUCCUAUAUGCGGGCAUCUACACCCCUCUAAAACGAGCAUCCGUCCUAAACACUUGGGUUGGAGCCAUCGUUGGUGCUAUACCACCUCUCAUGGGCUGGGCAGCAGCAGCAGGCCAAUCCGCAACAGCAGAGCAUCAUUCAUGGCAGGAUCUGCUAUUCACGGAAGAGGCGCUAGGAGGCUGGUUGCUGGCGGGACUACUCUUUGCAUGGCAGUUCCCGCAUUUCAACGCUCUGUCCCACAGCAUCAAGGAUGAAUAUCGAAAUGCCGGAUACAGGAUGCUGGCCUGGACGAAUCCAGCGAUGAAUGGGAGGGUGGCCUUACGGUAUUCGUUGCUGCUGUAUCCAAUCUGCGCAGGACUCUGCUGGGCCGGGGUGGUGAACAAUGGAUUCCUGGCACUCAGUACGGUAUGUAACAUUUGGAUUAGCAGGGAGGCAUAUCGAUUCUGGGCGAAAGGAGGGGCGGGAGGAAGUGCAAGGGGUCUGUUCUGGGCGAGUAUUUGGUCUUUGCCUUUGCUUAUGGUUGGAGGGUUGAUAUGUAAGAAAGGGGUAUGGGAUGGAGUUUUUGAUCGGAGUAUUUCGCAUGAUGAGGAGGAGUAUGAGGAGGAACAGAGGAGGGACAGGUCUGCAGAUGUGGGCAUGAGUAACUUUUCAGACGACGCUAUCACGGUAGCUUUUCCUUCCCAGGCGGUCUCUCGGGCCUCGUGA